CUGCAGCUUUGAGUAGUUCAUUGUUGAAUGGCAUCGCCAAGACACAAAGGGGGGGACCUGGAAGAUGGUCUCGAGAUGUCUCCCGGUCAUGGUCUGCACUUCCCGCUUCCUGAACGCGUGCCUUCGCUUGGAUGGAGGGGAAUCAACUUCACCGCUGGAGGACGCAAGAUCCUGAAAGAUUGCUCUGGAAUCAUUCAUCCGGGAGAGUUCACAGCCGUCAUGGGCCCGUCGGGCUCGGGUAAAACUACUCUGAUGAACAUCCUAAGUGGAAGACAGAACCCUUCGGGUGGCGGUCUGAAGGUCGACGGCACGGUGACUUUGGAUGGGCGAAUAACGGCGCCGUCGAAGUUCCGUGACAGCGUCGCGUAUGUGAUGCAAGAAGAUGCAUUGGUAUCGACGAGCACCCCUCGAGAGGUACUCGAAUUCGCUGCUACACUCAAGUUGGACAAAAGCAGACAUGAGGUCAAAACUAUUGUCAACGAUAUGCUGGAGUAUCUCCGUCUGAGUACUUGUCAGAAUACGAUGGUGGGCAAUCAACUAACUCGAGGAAUAUCAGGCGGUGAGCGCAAGAGGACUUCUAUUGGGAUGGAGCUCAUAACACAACCAAGUAUGUUAUUCUUGGACGAGCCUUUGACCGGGUUGGACUCCUAUGCGGCGGUGACGACCUCGAGGGUUCUCAAAGGAUUGGCUGAACACGGUGUAACGGUCCUUAUGACAGUUCAUCAACCUUCAAGCGAAGUCUUCGAGCUUUUCGACAGGGUCAUGCUCAUCAACGAGGGCGAGAUAGUGUACCAUGGCCCGAGGACCUCUCUCGAAGACUACUUCGUGAGUCAUGCGGACUUGCGCUGUCCACCUCAUUACAAUCUCGGUGACUUCGCUCUUUACAAGCUCCAGACGCAGCCACCUGAAGUCAUAAGCCGUCUAGUCGACGCAUACAAGGCUGGGAUGGUCGAUGCUGAUGCGAAGUGCGUUACUGGAGAUGGUAUGAAGAAUGGAGUCGUCAAAGCCACCAUGAACACACCGUAUCGUGCCGGCCUUCACAAGCAGUUCCAUAUGCUGGCAGCACGCGAGUUCAGAGCAGUUGUAAGGGACCCAGACGUUUUCAUCGUACGCUAUAUCGUCGUGAUGUGCACUAACCUCCUGUCGGCAUCCAUCUUUCAUGACUCCGGUAGACCAGGAUCAGAGCUGUUCUGGCUGACUAACAUGCGACUCUUUCAGCCCUAUUUCUCUGCUGUAGUGAUCAUGUGUCUGACGCAACUGUUCGGACCAGCUCAAACAGCGAUAAUCCGUUACCCUGAGCAACGCAUGGUCUUCUUGAGAGAGUACACCAGCGGCAUGUAUUCAGCGAUCCCCUAUGUCAUAUCGAAGAGUAUGAUUGAACUACCGUUAGCACUCUUCGAGUGCUUUCUCCAGAUUGUAGUCUUCUACUGGAUCGUAGGUCUUCAAGGCAACUUCAUGUUCUGGUUGUUGCUCCUCUGGCUACUUCAUCUGGUAUCCUCGUCCCUUGCGCAGCUAAUGGGUGCUACAACUUCAACUGUUAACAGAGCUAUGCAGUUGAUGCCCCUCCUCUUCAUGCCCCAAAUCGUCUUCUCAGGCCUUUUCAUUAAUCUUGAGAGGAUCCCUGUAUGGCUUCGCUGGGGACAGUACGUAUCCUAUCUCAAGUACGGCGUGAACCUUGGUUACUUCAUUGAGUUUGGUUUUGAUAAGCCGACUCUUGCUGGGAUUAACUCGAUAUACGCCAAUUUGGUCGGUCUUGAUAUGGGUAUUCUCCUCGCCAUGUUGAUCAUUUUUCGCAUUUUCACAAUAGUCGUGCUCAGGCGCAAAGCUCGCUUCGUUCAUUAAUACGUUCGCCGCAGCCUUGUGCCUGGGAUUCUCAUCGUGGCAUGCUAUAGCUGCCAAUGAGAACAAUCCUCGUAACAUUCAUUGAAAUAUCUUCGAGUAACUAUCAUAAGUAUGUCGGAACAUAUCCAACCUUAAUUGCUCGUCCUUCAAAACGGACCAGCUUUUCUCCGGAUGAUCGUCCGUACAUCGUGGCACAGAGGUAUCAUUUCAUACUCCAGUUUUGGAGGAGACUCAGACGUUGUACUGGGGAGGAGUCAAAUAUCAGAGCCCAUCACUGAUGAUAAUGUGCCGUGAGAAAUCAUCCUAGAUAGUCUGUCGCCGUUGGGGUCAAUCUAUUUUGUACGAAGCAUAUCUUUCGGAUGAAGCUUCUUUAGUCGAUCAUCUUCUCUC